CAAGCAUGAAGAAAGUUUACAGUCUAGUGAACAUAACUAAAGCCAAGGACCAGGAGGCAGUGCAGUCCAUCUGCAUCAAGCAAAUACAGUUCACAGACCAGAAGCAAGAAUUCAACAAACGUCCAGCCAACACUGGCCGUCGCUCUCUGUCUCACUCCAUCUCGCAGUCAUCUCUAGACAGCUACAGUUCAGUGUGUAGUGAGAGCUCCGAGGAUGAGUCCUCUCCGAGAGACAGGCCUCAGAAGACCUCCAAGGGCCUUUCUGACUUCUGCAUCAAAAACAUCAAACAGGCUGAAUUUGGACGCAGAGAAAUAGAAAUUGCACAGCAAGAAAUGCCAGCACUGAUGGUCCUGAGGAAAAGAGCAAGUGGGGAGAAACCUCUAGCUGGAGCCAAAGUGGUGGGCUGCACACACAUCACUGCACAGACGGCGGUGUUGAUUGAGACUCUGUCUGUGCUGGGGGCUCAGUGUCGCUGGGCGGCCUGUAACAUCUUCUCCACCCAGAACGCUGUAGCUGCUGCUCUGGCUGAGGGAGGCACCGCAGUGUUUGCAUGGAGAGGAGAAUCAGAGGAUGACUUCUGGUGGUGCAUUGAUCAAUGUGUCAGUGCUAAGACCUGGCAGCCCAACAUGAUUCUGGAUGACGGAGGCGACCUGACCCACUGGAUCUAUAAGAAGCACCAGAGUCUGUUCAAGAAGAUUAAAGGCAUUGUGGAGGAAAGCGUAACAGGAAUCUAUCGAUUAUACCAACUGUCAAAGUCGGGCAGGCUGUGUAUCCCGGCCAUGAACGUUAACGACUCUGUGACCAAACAGAAAUUUGACAACCUUUACUGCUGCAAGGAGUCCAUACUGGACGGGCUGAAGAGAACCACUGACGUCAUGUUUGGAGGAAAACAGGUGGUGGUGUGCGGAUAUGGAGAGGUGGGCAAAGGUUGCUGUGCAGCCAUGAAAGCACUGGGUGCCGUCGUAUACGUCACAGAAGUGGAUCCCAUUUGUGCCCUUCAGGCCUGCAUGGACGGCUACAGAGUGAUUAAACUGAGUGAAGUGGUCAGACAGGUAGAUCUGGUCAUCACCUGCACAGGCAAUAAAAACGUUGUGGGGAGGGAACAUCUGGACAGAAUGAAGAAUGGCUGCAUCGUCUGCAACAUGGGACACUCCAGUACGGAGAUAGAUCUGGUGAGUCUGCGUGCUGCAGAGCUGAGGUGGGAGCGUGUGAGGCCUCAGGUGGACCAUGUUAUCUGGCCUGAUGGCAAGAGAAUCGUCCUGCUGGCUGAGGGUCGUUUGCUGAAUCUGACCUGCUCCACAGUGCCCUCAUUUGUCCUCUCAAUCACUGCAACUACUCAGGCUCUAGCUCUCAUAGAGCUGUACAGCGCUCCAGAAGGACGAUACAAACAGGAUGUGUACCUGCUGCCAAAGAAGAUGGAUGAAUAUGUGGCCAGUCUUCACAUGCCGAACUUUGACGCUCACCUCACGGAGCUGACUGAUGAGCAGGCCAAGUACCUGGGCCUCAGCAAACACGGACCCUUCAAACCCAGCUACUACAGGUAUUAACCCUCCGGACAUAAAACUGAGAAACAAAAGGUCUUCUGAUGUGCUGCUGUUGUGGAUUUGUUGUUGGAGAAAAGAAAAACUGCAGACAGAGCACCGACGCCCUCUGCUGUCUCAAUCUCACCCAAAACUUCAUUUUUGUUCACUGAGUUUUCUGUUUAUGCGUAUAUCUGGUUUAUGUGAUACACUGUUCCUGGUUAUAAAUAUUCACAAUAUCUAGAAUGUAAUCAUAGUGAGUUCUGAACUAAAAGAGUUAAAAUCAAGAGAAGCAAAAAUAAAUGCUGAAUACAAGCUAAUUAU